CUAAUUGCAUAGUCACUUGACUUCAACACCAACACCAGAAGAUGUUCGUAGUUCCUCCCCUUCCUCGUCCUGCACCUGCUUAAUGAAACGCCACCACAAUGAUGUCUGGUUUCACGGUCACUCUCAUGGACGAGUUCCUUACACCGGCAGCGAAACAUGGCGCAUCUCGUGUGCAAAGAGAACCGGUAAACAGAGGUACCCCUCCGAGAAGAAGAGGCUGAGAACAAAGCACAAAUAGCUCUUAUCCGACUCCAAGGAGAAGGACAAGUUUGAGGGCACGUGGAGGCUCUUCAAGCUCGCCGUUCCACUUGAUCAAGAUCCCGGCAAGGACCAUGUUUCCAAUGCCCUUCUCCAGCAAAUUGCCAAAGUUCUUAAGUUCCCGGUUGCUUCUCUGUUGCUAGCAGAAGCUUUCACCGUCGUUAGGAAGUCUUUUGAUGCUUGAAAGAAAUUAAAAGAGCCCAAAUUUGUACAUACUGUGGAUAUGGAUGUCCAAAAGCUCAUCAGUCUGGAGCCUCGUUGUUGGGACUUUAUUUCACGGCUGGAGCCUAAAGUUGGCCUUGUGGAACGUGUGCAUGAUGAAAGAGAUUUUGCUGAACUGGAAAGUAUCAUUCGUGACUGUAAAGAAAAUAAAGAAGCUGCUUUGGCCGGGGGAAAUGGACAUAGCAUUUUCUCAACGGAGUUGUGCAAGAACCAGGCUUCUAGGAAGCCAAAAAUUGCGAUAUUGGGUAGUGGGCCUUCUGGGUUAUUUGCAGCUCUUGUUCUUGCUCAGCUAGGUGCAGAUGUUACACUGAUAGAAAGAGGUCAACCAGUAGAGAGAAGAGGGCGUGAUAUUGGUGCUCUUAUAGUACGUCCAAUUUUAGAAUUGGAAAGUAACUUCUGCUUUGGGGAGGUACCUGGAGCGAUGGAAAGUUUGUAACCAGAAUUGGACACAACAGUGGCAGUGUUCUUACCGUUAGUCCUCCUAUUUAGUAUUUAUAAAGUUUAUAUGUGCAUCCUGUGUAUGUGUUAAAUUAACGGAUUUUGCUUGUAGACUUGUCAAGAAAACAUUUCUAACUGAUAAAUGGUUUACUUCUACCCUAUGAGGAUAAUAUCGGAUACUCUCAUAAUUUGUGAUGAUAAUGAAUGCAUUCUGUU